CACUCACUCACCCACCACAUUUGGUGCUUGGGGGGACCAUGCCGUCUGCUACGGCACUCACCUCGGGGAUGGCCCUCGUCCUUGCCGUCGUCCUUUGCCUGGCUGGCUGGUGCGCUGGCAACCAGAGCGAGUUCGUCCUCUCGGUUGGCAUGGAAGUGGAGCACUCUAUCUCGCCACAGAGUCCUCGACGGUUUCGGCUGAGCUAUACUGCGGCUCACACUUGGUUUUGCGUCUCGGCUAUGGUUGAUCUCUCUCCUCAUCAUGCCCACAUGGCUUUGUACUGGUCGCCCAACUCGCUUCCUGAGGAUGGCUAUGCCGCUGCUGCGGCUGGAUCGGGUUCCGGCACGGCUGCUGUCGUGUGCGGGGAUACGGUCGCAGGCGCUCCAUCGCCACCUACUGCGUAUUUAGUGCUGGAGACAAGAGUGGUUGACGGCUCGCAGCCUGAUGCUGAUGUCAAGGUCGCCCUACUGGCGGUGUCUGGCGUGGGUCCGCGCCCGGGCCUAGGCCGUAGCCUCGAUCUUGCGCUUGCUGACGGAGUGGCCGACUCGGGCGCGGCGUUUGGUACUGAGCUUGCUGCCUCGCUCCGGUUUGCGCCAUCGCCCAACGAGGCCGCGGUUGCCGAGUACUGGGUCUUCUACGGCCCACUCUAUGCCACUCAUCUGAUAACCGGCGGCCCGCUGACGCUCGCGCAAGCUGCGGCGCGCGGAACUCCUGGCGGCGACAUGCUCGCGCUGUGGCGGGCGGCAAACACAGGUAGUGAGCUCGCAGAUGUUGCCGGCAACUUUACUCGGGUCGUGGUGAGCCCGGCGUGCGCCUCACGGCCAGUGUCGUGCCAAUACUCGGUCCCGGUGACGCUCGCGGCCGGCACUGCCAAUCUGGCCGCGGUAGUGGUGGUGCCCGGACCGAGCGCCGCUGCCGGCUCCGACUACGUGGCGGCGGCCGCAUAUGUGACUGCGGCGUGCACCUCGCGGUCUGCGGUCGCCUCGUAUGGAGGGUGCCGGCCUGAGGAGCUGGCGUCGUCGCCGCGGUCGAGCCCGUCAGCCAACGCCGCCGCCGCUGCGUGGAUCUGGUUCCUCAUUGUCGUAGCGUUGGUUUUUGUGGGCGUAAUGGCCUUUGUUAUGGGCCGGACGACAUACAUUCGCUGGCGCCGCCGCCGCCGGAUGCAGGCCCGCGCCCGCGCCCGCGCCCGCGGCGAGCACGAGGCUGGGCCCGGAAGCGACGGCCUGCUCGGCAAGUCUGGCCGCAAGCAAGUCCACGCCGAUUUUGACAACACGCCCGAGUGGAUGUGGCAGAAGACCGAGUACGACAAGAACAUGUACGCCAUCGGCCACGAUCCGGCCGCCGAAGGCGUUCCGCGCCUCCGGGUCGUCGACUACGAGGCCGCCGACGGCAAAAAGGCGCGCGACCGCUCCAAACGAGAUUCCAGAGCUGUAACGCCGCAGGCACUCGCCUCUGCGCCCGAGCUCUCGACCUCGUCGACCUCACACUCGUCGCGCUCGUCGCGCUCGUCGUCGUACUCGGACUACGGUGGCGAGUACUCGUACUCUUCGACGUCGAGCUCGUGAACGCUGUCAGGUCCGCGCCAGAUGGCUAAUAAUGUCAACCCAGUCGUGGCCGCGCGGACGCUCGCCGGCAAUAAAGUCCAUGCCCUUGA